GUUGGAACGCUGUUGCGCCGCAAACGCCCAAUUGGGUUUGGAUAUCAUCGCACCAAGGACCAUGACUUCUCGGUCGGCCAUGCUCCAUGUACUCGUCUUGCUCGUCGCCUUCAUGGCCUCUGCCCACGCAGCGUCCAGCUUCAUCUUCGAUAUGGAUACGGCCGUGGAGGAGGAAUGUUUCCUUGAGAACUUGGACGCGCGCUCGUCCCAGAACAAGCUGCUUUUCCGCUUCGAGAUCCUCGAGCCAACGACUUAUGACGCCGUUGACGUAGCGAUUCGGUCGCCGACGGGCCGUAUCGUUGAGAGCUGGAACAAGACUACCCGCGCACACACAUCGCAGGCGGUUCGUGAGAGCGGCGUGUACCACUUUUGCUUCUCCAAGCUUCCGGCGUCGUCGCGCCGGAUCACUGUCUCGUACGCCUUUGACUUUCUCUCGGUUGGCAGUCGCAUCAUGACGAGCUAUCCAGCGUCGAUCACGACGAUUGAAAAAUCCGACCCGACCAAGAGUACCUACUCCGACAUGAUCGCAGAGACCACAGCAGGCAAGCCAACUAAAAUGGCAUUCGUCGAGUUCUCGCUCGCUGGGGUUUCCAAAGGCCUUGUGGGUGAAAAGACGCGAAUCAUGCUGUCCUUUUCCGUCGAAUACACGUCGCAACUUUCAAUGGACAUGACACUGUCGCAUGUCAAGGGCGGGCUCAAGCACCCAAUGAGCUGGGAGUCCAUGGAACACCACGUCGAAUCCUUCCAGGCGUCGAUUCUGCAAGGCGCGCGGGCCGAAACCGGCGGCAUCCUCUCCUUUGACGUCACGGAUCUCGUGAGCGAUACGCUGCGCACUGGUGGCCAAAGCCUCGCCUUCUCGGUGCAAUGCGAUGAAGACGCCUCCGCGCGCCUCAGCGGAAUGGUCGGAUCACCGGUCGACCACUGGCCCAUCAUCACAUACGAAGAAAUUGGGCUUCACGUCAUGGUUGAGAUCGCCGCUUUCAAGACGCGUGUGUGGGAUCUUAAGGGUCAACUGAGCUCAAUCUUGCAAAAUGAGCGGAGCUCGCGCAACGUCGCCGAAAGCGCCAAUUCGUCCGUUUUCUCAAUGAACAUCAUCGUCAACGUGGUGCUCGUGGCGAUGGGGGUCGCGCAGGUGUUUUACGUGCGCAAGCUCCUCGGUUCAGGCUACUGAGGUGUCGGGCCCGAUGCGGCAUCGUACUAUAAUGUAUGUUGCCUCUGGUAUGGG